AUACCAUAGCAUCGUCAUAAUAUUGCUCACGUGCGAACAUUUUUCUCACGGGUAGAGAGGGGAGAAGUCCCACUAAACAAACGGCAUUAUGGGUAUGGAAACGGCUUUGACAAUUUCAGCACCUUCGCAAAAUUGAAGCAGACGAUAGCAUUCUUGUUUUGGCCUAAAACAUAAGGCUGAAGUUGUUUUCCGUACUUUCUGACGAGUAAUGGUCAGUUGAUAUAGCUGUGGGGGUGUGACAUUUUCGUCAAAAUAGUGCUUGGCCCCAAAAGGUCACGAGUGUUGUAUCCGCCUGACUUCAAGAUCCGCAGCCAAACGGAACAUCUCAUUUAGCGGCUGAUUCUUCGCGGACAUUUGGAAGAAUUCCCUCUAUUUCUUGGUCAAAUUGUGGUUUAAGUUUUUCUCUUCAAGACCACAAUGGCUGCUCAGGCAGUAGAACUUUCCCAUCUGGGCAAGGCAAACAUAGCGCAUCCUGAUUUCAAAAGGCUGCAUUCUGAGGAAGGUGCUGCUGUGAAAAGGCCUAAGACAAAUACUGCUAUCAAGAAAUCCAUUUCAUGGGGAAACAGAUCUGAUUAUGUUGGAACGCUUCCCCACCAACCAUUGACUGUGGCUGUAUUCUUAGUGGAAAAGUCUGGCCGUCUGUUGAAUCUUGAGGAAGGAAAGAAUACUGUCGCAGGAACUAUCAAUACAAUCAUGUCAGAAAAUCUGUCUCUUCCUCCUGUAGCCUCGCAGGUUUUCUGUGUGUGGCUUAUUUCACCUCUCUUACAGCUUCAGUUGAAGGCUCAUCACAGGCCGUUUAGAUUACGUAAGGUGUGGACAGAGUUACUCAAGAAGUUUACCAAUACACCUGAAGAGGUGGCUGAAAAAGAUGAGCCAAUUCUGUCUUACCAGAGGAAUUCAUUUUUUCCCCUUGCAGAGGAAAAGAGAAUAAGGGAUGACAGAAUUAUCAGAAGAUUGUUUGAAGAGGCUAAAUACAAUGUUUUGAGUGGAAACUAUCCUAUAAGCACAAAAGAUGCUCUGACACUGGGAGGUAUUCUUGCUUUCAUUGAAAAUGGCAUUUUUGAUCCUGAAGUACACACGUCUGGUGCUUUCAAGAGCAAGUUGACGGAUUACCUACCAGCUUGGGUGUGCAAAUCCACAUGGUCGUUUCGUGGUCGGUCACCUCGUUCAUCUCUGGAACUCAAGCUCCUGCAGCAGUAUAAAGAUGUUUCCAACAAAGUGAGAGAUGUCAAAGCUUGCCAUAAAAUGUUCUUGGAAUAUUGCUGGGGAUUUUCCUUCUAUGGGUGUUCUAUUGCAGAGCUUCAGUUGAAGGCUCAUCACAGGCCGUUUAGAUUACGUAAGGUGUGGACAGAGUUACUCAAGAAGUUUACCAAUACACCUGAAGAGGUGGCUGAAAAAGAUGAGCCAAUUCUGUCUUACCAGAGGAAUUCAUUUUUUCCCCUUGCAGAGGAAAAGAGAAUAAGGGAUGACAGAAUUAUCAGAAGAUUGUUUGAAGAGGCUAAAUACAAUGUUUUGAGUGGAAACUAUCCUAUAAGCACAAAAGAUGCUCUGACACUGGGAGGUAUUCUUGCUUUCAUUGAAAAUGGCAUUUUUGAUCCUGAAGUACACACGUCUGGUGCUUUCAAGAGCAAGUUGACGGAUUACCUACCAGCUUGGGUGUGCAAAUCCACAUGGUCGUUUCGUGGUCGGUCACCUCGUUCAUCUCUGGAACUCAAGCUCCUGCAGCAGUAUAAAGAUGUUUCCAACAAAGUGAGAGAUGUCAAAGCUUGCCAUAAAAUGUUCUUGGAAUAUUGCUGGGGAUUUUCCUUCUAUGGGAGUGUUUUCUUCCGAGGUCAAAUUGAACGUCCCUCGUCUUCUGUGUUUUCAAACAUUUUGGGGAAUUCCGACCUGCCUGUGAGAGUUGCCAUUAACAGAGAGCGGGUCCAUGUGAUUGAUGACAACAAAAAUGAUAUUCUUUUGAGCCUGGCAUUUGAGGAGUUGUCAUGGGAUUAUACCCCAGCUCCAGCUCUUGAACCUGGCUGCAUGGACACAUUCUGGUUGGAGUUUGAUCCUCCAGAAGGUAGCAGUGAUCCAACAGAAGCGCAAAGGCUGCAGAUUUUCUCCAAACAGGCAGAAAUGAUGGAUGCUAUGGUACAAUCCUGUGUUCUUUGUGAUGAGCCUGGAGGGAAUUGCCGUGAUGAUGGACGAGGUGGCAAAAUUAGUUGUAGAAUGGAACGACUCAGUCUCUCCACUCUUGAAGGAACCUUAGACAGGAAGAAGAGGUCCAACAAAUCAUUCACCAACCCCUUUAGGAAGGGUCCAAGACAUGUGGAAUAUACUGAUCAUUAAAUAAGCUGCAAGUGUUAGUCAUAAACCAGACAUAAUAGUUAUAGAGUGUUUUCACCGAUGUGGCCAUCACAUUUUUUGCUUACGUAAGAAAAAAGUUCAACUCCUGCAAGAUUGGUUUGAGACACCAUCAUGGCCGCCUUUGCAUUGUUUUGGGACACCAAUACAUGUAUGUCUGCCGUGACGUCAUGUGAAAACACUCUAGACAGGCCGAGUUUGAGACUGUAGAAAUUGGAUUGUAGAUAGAUAUACAUGAAACAAGGCUAAUUUGUAAAUAUUUCAUUAAUGACACACUUGUUGUAAGUUUUGGCUUUGGUGGUGUCUGUGUUUCUCAUAGUUGUUUUUGUGUUGCAUAGGAGAGAUAUUGACACAAAUGCUUGUCAUGGAUUGUGUAGCUCCAGAAAAUAUCCAUUUUUUCAAGACCCCCCACCCCUCUGGAAAUUCCAAUUGAGCUUCAUACAUUUCUUUGAAUUUUUGGGUUUUACAGGACCCCCCACCCCCCGGGAAAUGCCAAUCCCUUCUGUGGGGGAGUAAGGAUAUUUUCUGGAAUUGCACAUUGUGACUUUCUUACUGUUAUAGAGAAGGUGAUGUGACAGUGUACAUCGUAAGAUGUUUAUCUCUAAGUUGAUGACAUCCUCUGUUUUCAUCAUUCGUCUGUAAGACGGGUUAAUUUUUUACAACACAUCUGACUGUAUAUUACUUUUAGGGCUUAGAGCGAAUUUCAGUCGGCCAUUAUGAAUUGACUGUGUGUCAAAAAAUAAUUUAAGCAUUUCACGUUUUCAGCUGCUUCUGUCUGUCAUGUGUAGACUGUAGACUGCUGUAUGUUUACAUUAUUGAGCAGCCAUACAUUUUUACGUAGAAAAUCAUUGGUAUAGUUAGGCCAGGAUCAAAUGCUAAGCUUCACAGGAGCUGAACUUAAUACAAAUGAGAAGGAUAAGCUGUCGAGUUAAGACUGCGGUGUAGGCGUAAACGGUGAUGGUCAGGGGAGGGGAGGGUGAGGGGAGGCAAAGAAGGAGAAGGAACAUGUUCCUCCUCUCCCCCCACGCCUCCCUACUCUCCCUUCCUCCAGGUCCUCUCCCCCGUUUAAUGCCUGCUGCACAGGCUGCUGCUGAUUUUACUUAUUUUGCAUUAGGUUUGAUCCUGUGAGGCGUCGCCAUAAAUAGACAGUUAUUUAUUACAAAUUUUAUUUUAAUAAAGAAACAGUUUGUAGUAGACAGUAGGCGUUAAAAUGAAGAAAAAAGAAAAGCCUGUUAAGUGCGUGAUACUAAAAAGCUACGGGUAAUGAGAGGUGUAAAUAUCUCAAUAGUGAUGUAGUGUAAAUUAAAGCCUCUCUAAGGCAAGUAGACUACGUAGAACACGAAGCGUAAGAAAGCUUAAAACCGCGUUGUCAAAGUUAAACUGCAUUUUUGCUCGUGAAAAUAAAGACAUUUUGGUGAAGAUAA